AAGUCGGGAGAUAUUUUAAUAGAAAUAAAAAGUGAAAGUGAGUUUCAGAAUUACCGUGACGGUGUUGCGAAAAAUGCGCGCGAAAAUUUUGCAAACUCGUAUCUUGUUGUGUCUAUGUCUAGUGUUGUGAGGUUGCGUUGAUAUGCUGACGAAGAAACUUAUGGAGAUAUUGAAAAGGAGCGCGCGUUUCGCGCGGGGCGCGUGCGGGGCGUGCGGAGCGUGCGCUGUGUGCGGCACGGGGCGCGCGCGCACCAUGCUCGCCACCAUCAAGAGCUGCUGGAAGGUGUGGCGGUAUGGCGACCUCUAUAUGGUACUGGCGGCACUGGCGGCUCAGUCCAUCAACAUAUCGGUGGGGUUCUGCCAAGGCUUCUCCGCGGUCCUGCUGCCCCAGUACACACACGAACACCCUAACAUCACAUAUGAGCAAAGCUCAUGGAUUGCAAGUUUGGGCGUAAUCUCCAACCCAAUCGGCGCGCUGCUCGGUGGCAUGAUGGUGGAUGCCGUCGGUCGGCGGUUACUUCUUCAGUCCAUAGUCCUCCCCAACCUGGUGGGGUGGCUGGUCAUCGCGUUCUCCGAGACUUACGUCUUCCUCUGCGUCGGCCGGUUCAUCACCGGCUUUACCAUUGGCAUGUCAACAGCCUCCUACAUCUACGUGGCAGAGAUCACGACCCCCGAAAAACGGGGCGUUCUCAGCGCGCUGGGUCCGGGCCUGGUGUCCACCGGCAUUUUCGUGAUCUACUCCCUCGGAUCCUUCGUGCACUGGCGGAAAGUCGCCGCUAUAUGCGCCGGAGUCUCUUUACUUACUCCCUUUUUGAUGUACUUCGUUCCUGAAUCACCGCUCUGGCUGGCUUCCAAGGGACAGAUGAAAGAAGCCUACAACUCCAUGUUUUGGCUAAGACAAAACAAUAGCACAGCGCAGCAGGAGUUAAUGGAGUUCACUAAAGACCGAAAAGUCGAUAGUAUGACCUUCAGACAGAAGCUUGCACUAUUCAAGCGAAGAAGCGUGUUGAAGCCAUUCUGUCUCCUGAUAGUCUUCUUCAUGUUCCAAGAAAUGUCUGGCAUAUACGUCAUAUUAUAUUAUGCUGUUGAUUUCUUCCACUCAGUUGAUACUAGUGUCAAUGCGUUUACGGCAUCAAUCAUAGUGGGCGGAGUUCGAGUAUUCAUGGGAGCAGUGGGUGCUUGUUUAAUCAACAGCUUUAGAAGAAAAACGCUAGCAGCAACAUCAGGGCUGUUGUUAGGAGUGACAAUGCUGGGAGCAGCUGUGUGUGACACUGUAAAUGGCCCUCCGUUAUUGAAACUAGUGUGCGUGCUUCUGCACGUAUCAUUUAGUAUGGUUGGUUUUCUCCAACUCCCCUGGAUAAUGUCAGGAGAACUAUACCCUCAGGAUAUUAGAGGGGUUAUGUCAGGGGCAACGGCCUGCUGCGCAUAUGUCUUAAUCUUCUUCAACAUAAAAACAUACCCUCAGUUGGAGAAUGUAUUAACCAGUAAUGGUACUUUGUACUUGUUUGCGUUUUGCGCGCUGUUGGGAGCGUCAUACUGCUUGUUGUUCCUUCCAGAGACAAAAGGGAAAUCCUUAACUGAAAUUAUGAAGCAAUUCGACGAAGAAAAGAAAGAGAUAGACCCUGAAGUGGGUAAGCACUAUGGAAUGGAGGGGCGGCCGGUGCAGAGGCGGCAUAGUGCUGGUGCAUCAGUAUCUUUAGAAAAAAAUAAGGAAAUCUUUGCCCCGCGAUGGAUUCACAAAGAUGGUGAAAAAAUCCCGGGCCAUCAUGAAUAACUCCUUGCGAUUGCUGCCCACUUGGUGCUUGCACUCAAAGUUUAGCACUAAUAGUUACCAAUUUAUGAACAAUUUUACCAUUAUUAAUGUUAUGUGAUCAGUAUUAUAGGUAUUUCGAGUGAUUUUAACUAUUACAUUCCAUAGGCUAGGUUUUGUACUCGGUGACGAUAUUUAAAUGUAACCUUAACCUUGUUUGUCUAGUUUUAAGAAAAUGUUACCAGUCCAGUUCAGAGCUGGAGCGACUUUAUUAAUUUUAUGAGUAUUUUUAAGUAAUUAUUGAAUUUGUACAAAGAUUUUAUGCGUCCAGGGUAAUUUGUUUCCCCGCUGAAACCAAGGAGGGUAAUGGUUUUGUUUGGAUACGUAGUGAGUUUUCACUGUGAUGAAAGUUGUAGACAUACGUCCAAAUAAAAAUGUGUUGUUUUA